AAUCAAAUUUGCUGUGAAUAAAGCCAGCAGUAAUGCCGGAGAUAUUUUGGAUGCUUUUCUAAACUUCACUGUGAUAGUGGUCUUUGUGCCUGCCAGCUGGCUGCAGGAAUAUAAAGCCAAGGGCUGUAUUUUGGAAACCCGAAGAGCUAGCUGUUUUCUGUGGGUACAGAACAGCUACACCCCUGUUGGUAGCAAAAUAGACUUGUCUUUAGCCUGCUGCAGAGCAAUACGUGCCUAUGGCACAAAUCAAAUCAGGCAGAGGUUUGGGGGCCUAGUACUCAGAGGGUGUUUUUUUUUUUUUUUUUUUUUUUUUAAGGUGAGUAAAAGCAUGUUUCUAGCCCCCAUUGUUGCAGUGAAAAGCUACAGAAACGACCUAUGCUGUGAUACGGAGACAUCUCAGCAUUCAGCAGCUGGAGGCAAUAGCUGGAGAGGCAGGAGCAGCCCCCUGCACUGCUUGGGUUAGUGCUGCAAUGCCCGUGAGGUGCUGCUGCCGCUCGGCCACAGCACCAUGUGUGUGAGACCUGAAAAGGAAAGGACCGAGGAUGGCCACGGACCCAGCUAUGUGGCCGGGGGAUAAAAGGAGAAAGCCUGGACAACGUUUAAGUAAUCAAAUGGUAGCAAUGAGAAGGCAGCACAAUGAAAAGCAAGAAUUGCCUCAAUUCCCGUGCUAAGUCGGGAGUUACAGCUGUUACUGAGGAGCACUCAGCCUGGCGGUGGGGAGGGCGCUCGGGGAGAGGCACAGACCGAGUCUCAAGCUCCAGGCUCUUCUUCCAUCUGACUCACCUCAGCAACGCGAUGGAGCCCAACAGCCCUAAAAAAAUACAGUUUGCCGUGCCACUGUUUCAGAGUCAAAUAGAUCCCGAGGCAGCUGAGCAGAUCAGGAAAAGAAGGCCUACACCAGCAUCACUUGUCAUCAUGAAUGAACACGUGCCCCCGGAAAAAGAUGAGAAGAGAACAAAUAUCUCACAGGCAGAGUCCCAGAGUGCCUCUCCCAAGCAAAGGAAGCAGAGCGUCUUCACCCCGCCUGCCCUCAAAGGGAUGUAAAAUCCUGAAUUUGAUCCCAAGCAAGAUGAUGGAAUGAAGACCUAGAUUACAUGUCGCUGCUCCUGUUCAGCGUUUGACAUCUCCCGGGCUCCUGGGCAGGAGCCGCAGGAUUGUGCAUACAGUGGGGGCAAGUGUCAGGUCAAUUUGUCAGGUCCUCACCCCUCCUCAGCUCCGUGCCACGAAUCAGCCCCACUGGGAAGAGCGCGCUCCUCCUACAGCACUGCCGGCGGCUCUGGCUUGUGGGGAGACAGUGGAGGAGCUUGCUCAAUUUAUAUUGGCGUCUUCUGGAGGUAGAGAUAGGUACAGUGUAUAAAUAUAGAGGUACCUCUCCAAGUAGUAUUUUUCUAAAAAACCUCCAUAUUAUGGGGGCUCAUGUCUCAUUGAAUUUACCUUUAAAUGAAAAGCCUUCCCUGCAUUUGUAUCUAGCUGCGUAUUUCUCCAGUUCCUCUAUGUCUCUUAAUGUCUCCUCUCCACAAAGUCAGAUUUCUUUUAUAAAAAUCUCCACCGCCAAAAGGCAAAACUGUCAAAAGACAGCAUGACAAGCUACAGGCAAGCCCAAGGUUAAUAGUGAAUUUGUACAACAUGAAUGGCACCACCAUGCAUCGAGCAGUGCCUGAUAGAGCAAAAUCAUCCCACGACCUUACAGCUAAGACUCCAUCAACCGUGCUGGUCCUUAUGAGCAGGUGUAAGUAGGUGCAGGCUCGCAGCCCGUCAGCAGAGCUCCCACCACCUGUACUCACUUCUCCUGGGAUCAGGGCUGGGAGGUUUGAAAAAUGCAACGAUUUCCUUGAGACUGGCUCCUGCCCACAAGCUGCUCUUCCAGGGGCAGUAGCUUACCAUUAGUUAUUUUUCUUUCUACCAUUAGGUUUCACUCUGACCCAAGUAAAUGUCCAAGUAGUAUGUUAGCUUUGUGAUAUCUCUGUCUCUGAACAAUGUGGUCCUUAUUUCUGUGGUUAGGCUAAGGGAAACCUUGAUUCUGAUUCUUAGGGACCAUCUGUGUUGGGUUUCUUGUGGUGGGGAUGUUGUCUGGGUUUUUUUUUAUGAUUUGAUUUUUUUUCCUUUUGAAGUGGAUGCCUGUUAGUCUGAAUAUAUUGAAAAGCAAAAAUUUUCUAAAGGCAGCCAUGUGGUUCUCCUCCCCUCCAUAAUUUCUCCCUUCCUUCACCCCUUGGGAUGCAACAUUGCCCAGUUUAGCAGGAACACAGAGUUCCCAAAACCAUCUACCAGAGCUUUGGCAUGGCGACAAGAACAUGAGCAGCCUGAAGAUUUCAACCACAUCCUUUCAGGCCCGCAGCUAGGACUGAACACUCGCAUGAAUUAUGUGUGUGAAUGUGACCAGAAAAACACAGGAAAUACUGCAGCAAGCAUAUGGAUCUGAAAAGGGAUUCAUUAUCCUGUGAGCUGCACAGUCCAGAAGGAUGUUGUUUAAAAAGCUCUCAUCUGGUGUAGCUGCUAAUUUUUCUUGAAACAGUGGGAGGAUUUUUCAGGUUUUUCAGCGCUCACCCAACCUGUGAACCAGUGCUAUUCCAUGGGUCUUACAUAGCCAGAGGAGAUCAGCAGCAGGGUCUGAGCAAUCAGAGCAAUGAGCAAUGUAUUUUUAAGAAUACAUUUAAAGGAAUUGUGGGAUCUCAUGACUGCUCAGAAGCAAAAAACAAACCUAAAAUAUUUGCCGUGAUUCUCCCAGCUCAGGGUGUACCUUAGUGCAUAUGUUGCACACACAGCAAGAAGUAUAUGUAAACAUGCAUCUGGUAAAUGCUGGAAAUGGUGCAGUUUUGUGGGCUACCUACACCCUGCAGUGGCAUCUUUCCAGGUGACAGGGGCACAGGACACACCAGGGUUGCACCUGUACCUGGAGAGCAGCUGGUAAGGCAUAGGAAACCCAUGCACAUCUACCCAGCUUAGCUGGGACUGUGUCCAGUUUGAGACAUUAGACUCAAGAAGGGUGAGGCCAGUUAAAUGGAGAGCAGUGACAAGUGGAGUCAGUGAAACACCGCUGAAGAGAGGGGCUGAAUGACGGUGGGUGGCAGAGCAAGUGGUUGGCUGUAUCCCAGAAUACGAGAGUAGGCACAGGCUAGCCAUCCCCUCCAGAGGCAAAGGGAGGCCACAGGUUUUGCCUUUUCUUUCAGGAAUGAGGAGAAAUUAUGUAAAUUCAGCUCUCAGUCUCCUUGCAAUUCCCAAGAAAACUGAGUUAUUAAAAAAAAAAAAAAAGUCAAGGGGAUUUUUGGCAUGCAAGCUCCCCCUGGUGACAGGUAGGUGUAGUUCCUUAGCACUAGUUCGGGUGAAUUACUAAAUGGCGAGAACAGAGGAGUGGAAUCAUAUUAAAGUCUGACUGCAAUUCAUAAUUUCCAGCUAAAAUCUGUAAUGUUACUACAUUUCACCUGCAUGCCAGAGGUUUUCCUCAAAUCCCUGCAGUCUUUAGAGCCUGACUUUUCUUCAAACUCACUCUUAGUGAGAUCAAAAGAAUUACAGAACCUAUGACUGAUAUGAAAGUGUCUAAACCUUUAGAGAAGAGUCUAUCUUUUCUGUUCUUUGUCUAUAUUUUUCACAAUGAAAUUGAGUAAAAGUAUUCUUGCUUGUGCUUUCCAGAAAAAUUGAGAGCAAUUCUUGUUUUCAGGCUCUGACUGAGAAUAUGAGCGCCAGAUAGUGUGCUUCCUUGGUGUAAUUACAUUCUGGCUGUACUGGAUGCUGGCUCUGGGGUAUUUUCAUGCCUUAGGCAAACCAGAAGAGGCAGGUUUCUCGCAAGCUCAAGUCACUCACACAAUAAAGAGUCACUGAAGAUUUUUGCCCCUGAUGUUUUGCUGCCCAUGGCAACUGCAAAGUGAGACUGGUUGUACCUACUGUAAUGCAAAUAGUUUACAGUGAUUGCAUUUUAUGUUGAAUAACUGAUUUCUUAACAUUGGCUUUUAAUUUGCCAGCAAUCAAAAAAACGGAAAUAUAAGAAUUUGGUGGGGUUUCAUUUGUCAAUAAGCUUAAUGAGUUAAAAUAAAAAUAUUUGAAAUUUAAAGUAUUAAGAAAGACGUCAAAAUAAACCUUUCACUGUUUUCAUCUUCUCUUUUCUCCUCUCCCAAAAGAUCAGUGCAGAGACACUGUCCCAGACCCCUUCUGAUGUCUAAGCUAGGACUUUGGUUUUGCUGAAUUUGUGUAACAGAGAAGCACCCUGGUUGUGCAUAGGCAUUACGUACUAAAUUAUUUUGUGUUUCUUUUAGGGGUGGGAAAACCCACCUGUAUUAUUGCGCAAAACACCAUAAAUUGCUAUGUUUUGCUUCGUCUCCCUCGAUUCAAGGGAUUUGUACCCUUACUCUGUGAAAAUUGUUCCUUGCAGCAAAGCCAUGCUGUUCUCUGUCUCCCAUCGAAGUCUCUGUGGUCGGGCCAUUUUGGAGAACCGUUCUCCACUAGAUAGAUGCUUCUGAUCCAGUGUUGGGCGGGAAAGGGUCACUGUUUUCCCAGAUGCUGGGGGGGGAAGAGUCCCCCUUCCCACUCGUGCCCUGACCAGCACGUGUGAGUGAGCACAGCUCAGCCCCUGCUUAGGACUAACAGAGGUACUUCCUCCCUCCCCUUGUGCUGGCUGCAGCAGCGGGACUUAACAGAUCACCACCCAGCUCUUAAGGGUUAAAAGCAUCAGCCUGCAUCUGGAUGGACUUUCCAGCAGGAGCCCCGGCUGCUGGGUAAACUGCACCUGCUGGUUUGCUCCUGCUUUGCUGCUGGUUCACUGCCUGGUUGCUGCUGAGGCAGCCCAGCUCCCUGGGGCCAAGGUCCCCUUGCCCCCCGUGCCCCCAGCACCCUGCCAGGCUGCCUGCCUGGCCGGUGGACAAGGCCACCUCGCUGCCCAGGCUGGUGUCCCACCUCGGUUUCGGGUUGGUGAGGACCCCACGUAAGCCUGGGGGCUCUGGCAGUUGCUGUGUGCUUGCAGGACCUCAUGGUGUUUAUUCCCCAGCUUCGAAAUCAAAUCUCAGCCCCCUCAAGCAGCUGUACCAACCUACGGGGAGCUGAGCUAUCCCUGCUCCUUCAGAGCAGCCUGGUGUGUCUGAGAGGAUUUCAGCACAGGAAAAUAUUUGCAUAGUCUCAGACUUGAUCAGGAAGUUAAGUAGGUAGAAAUGAUGAGAGACCACGUGGGGUGUUUCAGUUACUCAGUCUGAAGAGCCAUAGUUGGGCACAAGGUCAUAUUUAAAACCUACAAGCCUGUUAUAUGAGAGAAACGAACAAGAUAUGCUUUUCUUGUCCUAAGAGUGUAUUUUUUAGGAGAACAAGGUAGACAGUCAAGUUGCAAAAUGCUCAGCAGUGUAAGGUCCCACAGCUACAUCUGCACAAGAGCGUGCUUCUCUCCUGAGGCCAGCUGGCUCCACACAGCUCACAUCCAUGCCGCAGACCCUCUUAUGCUCCCAAAUCAUGGGGGUCAUCCAAAAUACCCAGUUGAAAUGAUCUCUGACCUGUGCCUAAACCAGGCUGGGAAUUUUCUGGGCGAGAGCUAGUUGGCACAGACAAACUGGGGACCUGGCUAAUGGUUGAUCAGUGCAGCCAGAGUAGGUCAAUGCCCAGAGCUGCCUCCUGGCACUCUAGUAUGUUUUUUAGCUGCAGCUUACAAGACUUGGGUUCUCAGGGGCCAGCAUGCAUUCCGGAGUUAGGAGCAUGGAUUCUUUGAAAAAGCCUAUGUUGAACACUAGGAACAGUACUGACAAUUAGGGAAAUCUAUCUGCAAUCCACACUGCCUCUUCUACACAGUUACCUUCCAGACUAGAGAUGCAAUUUCAUGUGUAAAUACAGUUAUGUCUUAUGAAGCAGUAAUGACAGGCACAAUUCCCUUGGCUACACUUCUCUGUGCUAGAAAAUGAGGAGCUUGUAUGUAAUGAGAGGACAAGAGUCAAUUGGCACAAGCUGAAAUACAGGAAAUUCACCUUAAAUGUAAGAAAAAGCUUUUUUUUUUUUUUCUGUGACAGUGGUCAAACAGUGGAACAAGUUGCCUAGAAAGCUUGAAGAGUCUCCAUCCCUGGAGAUACUCAAAAUCUGACUGCAUACAGGCCUAGGCAACCUGCUCCAGCUGAAUUUGUGCUGAGCAGGGGUUUGGACUAGACAAUCCCUGGAGGUCCCUUCCAACCUCAGAAAUUCUGUGAUUCAAUAGCUGUUUUACUUACUGUUUAUGAAAUGUAAACUUUUCAUAACACAGUAAUGACAAGCACAGUGAAAACUUCAUCCCACAGCUGCCUAUAUCAGUAUUCCACUUUUCGGUCCAAUGGAUGACAUCUUACUUUGUGGCAGUACGUUCCCUAUUUUGGUAAGAGCGCUCUCUAAAUGUCAGUUUGUCUGGGCGAUACUGUGUCUCAGGAAAAUGUCUCAGAACCAAAACUUAGGAUUAGGGUAGGCUGCAAGCCCCAAACAAGUCAGCUCUUAACAUGAUAAAAACCUCUCCAGCACCAGGG